AUGAUAAAGAAAAAGAGAAAAGAAGUUCACGAGGAACCUGUACAGAAAAAGAAAAAGGUGAAAAGGAGUAAGAGCCAGACUAUCACUAAAAUUGAGAAGGAUGUUCAAAAUGUCCUUAAAAUUGAGGACGAUGAUGAGCUGGAGACAAAAACAAAGGUAAGGAAAAAGGAAAAAUUAAAGGAUGAACAUUCAGACCAAUUAGAACUGAAGAAUAAGAAGAAGAAAAAGAAGAAAAAGAAAGCUGGCUCUGAAUUACUGAAAGAAGCACAUUCAGAAAGCUUUGUGAAUGUAGAAGGCCAUCUGGAUUCAGAGCCUAAAGAAGAAUCAGAGGAACAAAUUAAAACUGUCAAAAAGAAGAAAAAAAAAGUCCAGUGUCAUUCCUUCUUAUCAUUGGGGAAUAAUGAGAGUAGUGAUGUGGAGCUUUCAAAUCAUCAUGCAGAUGGUACUAAUGAAAAUGAAUUUGCUUUUAAAAAGAGCAGAAAGAAGACUGCUUUGAAUUUGGAAUUGGAUUGUGAAGUAACCAAGAAAAAAAAGAAGAAAGGCAUUUUUUUGUGUUCAUUAGAGGACAUUGAGGACAGUGAACAUGAACAGUCUGAAAAAGUUCCUAAAACCCUACAGAAAUAUAUUUCACAAGAAAAACCUUUUCCAGGCAAACUCCAUGGAACAGAUAUUACCCAGAAUGAUGGGGAGAGUUAUGUGAAAAGAAAAAAGAGGAAGAAAAAGAAAAAUAACCCUGACUCUUUUUUACCACUAGUAGAUAACCAGGACAGUAUCUGUGGAGUUCCCGAUAGCCCCACUGCAUUAAGUGACUUUGGAAAAAGGCAAAGAAAUGAUUCCUUGGAAAUUACACUGACAAAUAGAGAGGAAGAGGACACUGCUGAGAACUCUGGAAGUAGCAGAGAGACCAAGAGGAAGAAGAAGAGAAGAAAAGAUACUUCUUCCUUAACACAUAAAGAUAAUAAAGACUACAGUCACAGAGUUCCUGAUGAGCAUCUCCCAGCACAGCAAGAAAUUGAGUCUGAGGAAGAAGAGCUUUCUGGGAGAAAAAGCAGGAAGAUUAUAAAUGAUAAUCAUGAAGUCAUCAAGAAGAAAAAGAAGAAGAAGAAGAUUCGGAAAGAGGAGGAUUCAAAAGUUGUGCUAAAAAACGACAGUGCAUCGAAAAGCCAAAAAAUACCACUACUGGAAAGCACUAAAAAGAAUCAGGAGAGGGAAAUGAAGCAAGAGGAAUGUGUCACAGGAGACACUGUAGAUGGGGUAUUAUGCAACAGUAACCACACACACUGUGACAGAAAAAGGCAGAAAAGAAAAAAAGAACCACCCCAGGACUCUGCUGAAGAACCAGGUUCAAAAGCAAACACAAAAAAGAUCAAAGGAGAAGAUGUGGGAAAUGAGGCACUGGAAUAUGGGGAUGAUGUAACUAUUGUGAAGGAAAAGAAAGGAAACUGUGAUGAAGUUAACAUAGACAAGGUGAGGCGGCAGGCUCUGCAAGAAGAAAUUGAUAGAGAAUCUGGCAAAACUAAGGUUUUCAGUCCCGAAGUGGAAAAGGGUACAAAGUUUGGCCAGUGGAGUACAGCUGCUUUUCAAAGUUCUGAGCAACAAAUGAAGUUUUUUAGACUGAUGGGUGGCUUUAAAAAGGGCUCUGUGCCUAUCCAAAAUCUCUCAGCAACUACAAACAAACCAAACAUGGCUCUGAACAGGGAAGGGGAGGAGAAGUUACAGCAGGCUCUGAAGAUGGAAUUUGAUAAAGCAAUGGACUUGAAGCAACAUAGAGGAAUUGGUCUUGGAUUUCAACCUGCUGCCAGCAAAAAAGUACACAUAGACAAAUAUACAUCCAGAUCUAUAAAAUUCAAAGAUUAA